GGGGGGGCGCCCGCCGGGGCAUGAGGGCAAGAGCGCAGCGGCGGGGGCGGCCAGAGGGCGAGAGAGCGGAAGAAAAAGAAGAAGAAGAAGAAGAAGAAGAGAAAGAAAAGAAGAGGAGGAGAAGAAGGAGGGGGAGGAGGAGGAGGAGGAGGGGGAGAGGAGCGAAGGAGCCCCCCCUCCCUCCCUCCCUCCCUCCCUGACCCCCCCCCGAGAACCCCCCCAGCGCCCCCCACCCCACCCCCCCGGGAGCUCAUGGAAGUAUGAAGGAGAUGGUAGGAGGUUGUUGCGUGUGUUCGGACGAGCGGGGCUGGGCGGAGAAUCCGUUAGUCUACUGCGAUGGACACGCGUGUAGCGUCGCUGUCCAUCAAGCUUGCUAUGGCAUCGUCCAGGUGCCCACCGGACCCUGGUUCUGCCGGAAAUGUGAGUCACAGGAGCGAGCCGCCAGGGUGAGAUGUGAGCUGUGCCCACACAAAGAUGGGGCAUUGAAGAGGACAGACAAUGGAGGCUGGGCCCACGUGGUGUGUGCCCUCUACAUCCCUGAGGUACAGUUUGCCAAUGUGCUCACCAUGGAACCCAUUGUCCUACAGUAUGUCCCCCACGACCGAUUCAACAAGACUUGUUACAUCUGUGAGGAGCAGGGCCGGGAGAGCAAGGCAGCUUCAGGAGCCUGCAUGACCUGUAACCGACAUGGCUGUCGGCAAGCCUUCCAUGUCACCUGUGCCCAGAUGGCUGGUCUGCUAUGUGAGGAAGAGGUCUUAGAAGUGGACAACGUCAAAUACUGUGGCUACUGCAAAUACCACUUCAGCAAGAUGCCAGCAAAUCCCCCUCCACCCCUCCGCCAGAAGCCAUCUCGGCACUCCAGUGGGGGCUCAGGGGGAGGCAACAGCGGCUUCAUCGCUGGCCGGAGAAGCCAAUCUGCCUCACCAUCCUCUCAGGAAAAGCAUACCUCCCACCAUGAGAGAGGUCCGAAGAAGAGUCGCAAGGACAAGGAUCGGCUUAAACAGAAGCACAAGAAGAGGCCCGAGUCUCCCCCCAGAAUCCUUACUCCCCCUGUGCCCCCCGUCACUGACAAGGGCUCCUCUUCAUCUUCCUCCUCCUCUCACCACGAGGGCAGUGCCCGGGAGCCCCCCGAGGGCAGCAGGGAUGCCAAAGGGAAAAAGCCUUCCAGCCACAGCCUCAGCCACAAGGGCAAGAAGCUGAGCAGUGGGAAAGGUGUGGCCAGCUUCACCUCUGCCUCCUCCUCUUCCUCCUCCUCUUCUGGAGGACCCUUCCAGCCCACAGUCUCCUCCCUCCAAAGCUCCCCAGACUUCUCGUCCUUCCCCAAACUGGAGCAGCCCGAGGAGGAGAAGUACCCCAAGACAACGCCCCCUGGGCCGCCAGCUCCUGUCUCACCCCCUGCCUCCGAGCCCCCCAAGGCUGAUGUCUUUGAGCAGAAGGUGGUGUUUUCUGGCUUCGGCUCCAUUAUGCGCUUCUCCACAUCUGCUGCGGGCACAGCCCGGGCCCGGGUGCCAUCUCCAGGAGAGUACAAGGCCCCCCAUAUCCCUGGGGGAGGUUCUGGGCCUGGCAGCCACAAGAGGAUGCCCUCACUGAGUGCUGCCUCGGAGGAGGUAGUUGAGGGCCUGAAGGAGAAGAAACACAAGGGGAGCAAGAAGAAUCGUCAUGGACCUGGGAGACCCAAGGGGAGUAGGAACAAAGAAGGGGUGGGAGGGCCCUUGGCCCCAUCCCUCCCUGGGGCCCAGCUGGCUGGCUUCACUGCCACAGCAGCCUCCCCCUUCUCAGGGGGUUCACUGGUCAGUUCUGGUGUGAACAAUGCCUCUGCUUCCCGGGCCUUUGGACACCAAGCGGCCCUGCCCAGCCUUAGCCUUGAGUCUCCACUGCUUGGGGCAGGGAUCUACACCAGUAACAAGGACCCCAUCUCGCACGGUGGCGGGGUCCUUCGGGCUGUGUGCAGCACGCCCCUCUCCUCCAGCCUCUUGGGCCCCACAGGCACCUCAUCUCUGCCCCAGCUCAGCCGAUCCCCCUUCGCCAACACCCUCCCGGCGUCCUCUGCCUCCAUCUCCACCACCCAGGUGUUUUCCUUGGCCGGUUCCACCUUCAGCCUCCCUUCUUCCCACAUCUUUGGGACCCCCAUGGGCUCCGUUAACCCGCUUCUCACCCAGGCAGAGAACAGCCGAACAGAGCCUAGCCUGGAGGACUGCAGCUUUGGGUGCCGGGGCACCUCUCCCCAAGAGAGCCUGUCAUCCAUGUCCCCCAUCAGCAGCCUGCCCACACUCUUCGACCAGACGGCCCCCUCGGCCCCCUGCUCGAGCAGUCAGCUGGACCCUGCGGCCCAGGGCACGGCCAACAUGGAACAGCUGCUGGAGAAACAGGGCAACGGCGAGGCCGGAGUCAAUAUUGUGGAAAUGCUGAAAGCCCUGCACUCACUGCAGAAGGAGAACCAGAGACUUCAGGAACAGAUCAUGAGCCUAACAGCUAAGAAGGAACGACUCCAGAUCCUUAACGUGCAGCUCUCAGUGCCCUUCCCUGUGGUACCUGCUGGGGUGCCCACUGCCAAUGGGCCCACCCCCCAGGGUCCCUACUGCCUGCCGCCCAAUGCUGGCAGCAGUGACUCCCUAAGCACCAGCAAAAGCCCUCCUGGCAAGAACAGCUUUGGCCUAGAAAAUUCCCUAUCCAUGUCUUCCGAGGACCCUCACUCUGGGUGCCCAAGCCGAAGCAGCUCCUCGCUGUCCUUCCACAGCACACCUCCACCCUUGCCCCUCCUGCAGCAGAGUCCCGCUACCCUGCCCCUGGCCCUGCCUGGCCCCCCAGCGCCUCAGCAGCCACAGUCACAAAAUGGGCUGGGCCGGGGCACUGGAGGAGUUGGCUUAGGGACUGUGUCCAUGGCAGACGGGCUUCUUGGAGGCCUGGCAGGAGGAGGGACACUGCCCCUCAAUGGACUUUUGGGUGGGCUUAAUGGGGCUGUGGCCCCCCCAACACCUACAGGCCUAAACCAGGGCAGCGGGACCCCAACAAUGCAACUGCCAGGAGGCCUCAGCAGCCUGACAGAACAGCAGAGACACUUCCUCCAGCAGCAGGAGCAGCAGCUCCAGCAACUCCAGCAGCUUCUGACCUCGCCCCAGCUGACCCCGGACCACCAGACUGUCGUGUACCAGAUGAUCCAGCAGAUCCAGCAGAAGCGGGAGCUGCAGCGGCUGCAGAUGUCUGGAGGCUCCCAGCUCCCUAUGGCCAGCCUGCUGGCAGGCGGCACAGCCCCUCUGCUGCCCUCAGGCACCCCUGGUCUCCUGCCCUCAGCAGCCGCCCCACCCCUGCUGCCCGCGGGCUCCCUGGUGGCUCCGGCGCUGGGCACCGGCACCACCCUCAUGGCAGCGGCAGGCGGGCCCCCUGUCCUCACCGCCCAGACCAACCCCUUCCUCAGCCUCCCUGGGGCGGACAGCAGCGGGCAGAAAGGAGGGGUGGGUACCAUGCCCUCUGGGGUCCCCUCCCACCCUCUUCCCCCUGGCACUCUGGAGGGUCGAGUUGUAGCCACAGCAGAAGGAAGCAGGAAGAAAAAACCAGCAGGGUAGAGAGGUGCCAGCCCAGGGGGUCACCAGUCUAGGCCUGGCCCAGGUGGGCUCGGAGGUUGGAGCUUCUCCUCCCUCUUUUCACAGCUCACGUUUGGGGUCACGGUCCCCCUUGCUCCUGCUCCAGAGGAGAUCUUGGGGGGCUCUGUGUGGAGUCGCAGAUCAGCCUGGCUUUCUCUGACUAGAGGCUGGGUGGUUAAAGGGGAUCAAAGGGACUGGGGCAGGAAAGGGGACCAGGGUGCGAGAGAAGGUGAAUGUCACCUGCUAACGCCCCAGUCUUGUCUCCUCUCCUCUCCUUCCAGAGCGGUGACAAAGGAGCCUCAUGCAACCAGGAAAAAGGCUAAACCAACCCCUCCCCCUCCCCGCCCUAGAGGGGCUUCAGGGGAAGCCCAGCCCCAGAGGGGGCCCAGCCGCGAGCAGGCACCUGUGCUCAGACACUGGAAAGCCCUGGCACUAAAGGAGGUGGAAACGGGUCUCACCCAUCCCAUGCUGAGAUCCUGCCACCGGCCUGGCCAAAGGACUAAGCAGGGUUUUUAUCGGGGCGGGGGGACCCCAGAGAGAGAUGGGGCAGAGAGAUGAGUCUGUCGCUCCUCCCUCAGACAGGAGGUUCAGCUCCAACUUAUCCGUAUCCUUUGCAAUUUUACUCUUUUGAGGCCAGACCCUCCUCUUCACUCCUCCCCAUGACCCCUCUCCAUCCCUCCACACCCCACUUGCCCCUUGGCUGAGGAUCUAGAAGGAGAGGCUGGUCAACUCUGACCCCUGCUGAGGGAUCUGCCCUACCUCCCCCUGGGCUGGCUGGCACAGGGAGUGGAGUGAUGGAGUGGUUACCUGGUGUGAGGAUCAAGGUGGGCAGCUGGGCUUCCAGCAAACACAAUAGGAUGGCACUUGAGUGGUUUUGGUAGUCGUGGUCAUGACGAUGUCCGAUGCUGCCUCCCCUCCCUGAUCCUCCUCUCCCCCACCUGUCUGGCCUCCAGUCUGAAGAAGGCUGAAGCUCUAUUAGUGGCAGGGGAUACCAACCCUUAGCCCCACUGUUUCUAGGCACCACAGGGGAAGGGAGGUCAGCUUGGGGUUUUCCAUCUUAAUAAUGUCAGACAUAGCCCAGCUGACUCCCUUCCACCCAGCCACACCUACUGGAGGGUUCCUCCUGGGGAGAUGGAUGGAAGGGGUUGUGCGUGUGUCCUGGCCCCAUCUAUCUAUCCCCUCCACCCCACACUUCUUUGCACUAUUAGGACCUAUCAGUGGGGGGGGGGGUGCUGUGACAGUGCUGGAGGGCUGGUUCUGUGAGUGAGUAUCUGUGUGUAUGUGUGUAUUUGGAUGUGUACGUCACUGGACCCUGGGUAGAUGGGGUGAGAGGCAGGUGAUAGAGGAGAAAGAGUACAUGGGAAGGAGGGAAGAAUUUUCUAUUCCUGCCAGUUAAGACAGCAGUUAAAGAGACUUUGGUCCCUGGGCUGCAUCUCCCUCUAGCCAGUCUCAGCACUUUGGGGGCAAGUGGCAUGUUACUAAUCAAAAAACUGCAUUUUGAAAAAUGACAAGAGGCUGGAGUCUUCAAAUCAGGGGAACUGCUUGCUCUCUCUUUUGUGUGUGAGCACCUCACCCCCCACCCCAGGACCUUAGCCCUCCCUCUCUUUCUGAAAACCUUUUCCCCAAGGUGCUCAGGCUCAGAGCAUCUUCCCCCUACCCUCCUCACAGUUCUCUUUCACACACACACAAACACACACAUAUAUACUAGCACAUAAACACAUAUUAGCACAUAUAUACAUACACGCACAUAACUGAGGUGGUGGGAGGCUAGGGACAGCUACAAUCCGCUCAUUCUGUCUAGCUCAGCCUAGCCUCUUUGGCCUCUCCUUAGGCCUAGGGGAGCCCCAGGCAUCAGGGCUGGGGGAGGGAAGCAAACUGCCCCCCUUCCUUCCCUGUACUAACAAGUCUGCCCUCCCCUUAGGAGGAAGCUAAUACUAACCUGCUGCCGCCCCCCCCACCUACCAGCUCUUCCUCUUGGGUGGGUAGCCAGGAGGCACUUCCCCUGCCCCUCCCAGAAAGCCAAGGACAGGAUGAGUUUGGGGGUGGGGGGAGAUGGAAGUUAAAGAUGUAUGUUUUAGUUGCACUGGGAUGGGGGAUGGUGUGGAUCUUGGGGGUGGCAUUGGGAAGGGGAGACAGGGAGAGAGCCUUUCACACCCACCCAGAUGUGUGUGCUUUGUCAGUCUCUUUUUGCAUGUGUGGUUUCUGUGUUUCUGUUUGGGGUUGUUUUUUGUUUUGUUUUGUUUUUUAAAUAAAGAAGAGGAGAUGUAUAUAUUUUUGGCAACGACAGAAGACUAGCGCAGAUAUAUUUUUGCCCACGCUGCUCAAUUGGUUCUUUUCUGAUACUGAAAAUAAUAUUAAUCCUGUUGAUAAGACAUAGGGAGCCUGAGGAGGGAGGGGGGGACAUUCCCCCCCAGGCAGUCUCUGAGGCUUGCUAAGAGCUCAGGGGGCAAUGUUGGAAAUGUCAGAAAUAAUCACUUUUUAUUAAUGCUCUACAGGCAGUUAGGGGAAAAUGAUAAAAGAAAUUAUCAUCUUGUCCUUAAUCUAUCUCAACUUUGAAACACGUUCACCUCUUCCAUCCUACCCCUCAAAAGUAGCAUUCAGAGAUCCCCUGAACUUAUACUGUAUGUCAACCUUGGAAGGGUUCCCUGGCCCUGUCAGGUACAUUCUAAAGUUAAGCUAUUUCGGACAAUAAGGGAAACAACUAUUUCUGAGCUGGGGUAGUAAGGGAGGUUGAGUUGAAGGGGUCAGACUCAUUUGGUGUACUGGGGACGAGGCCUCCCUUCUCGCCCCCUCAGAGCAAGUCGGGGUUCUUAGUUGGUCAUUCCCCCACUGGAGGCCCUUUGGGGAUUCCUGAGAGUCCCUCUCUGGGGAAUGGGGAUGAGCUGAAGGCCUGACCCUGGGACUUUUCCUUAGGCACCAGAAUCUAGCACUGGGGAACAAGGUUAGGUUUGAGGAAGGGACUCCCUAGCAAGCUCAGUUUGACCCCUAGAAUGGGGAAGGAGGUGGGGAGGGGUCAGCUGGGGCAGCCUGGCAUGGAGACAGGAGGAUGAAUGAGACCCACCUUCUUUCAUGAGCCUAAGCCUGCUCUCUGCCCUCUCCCUCCCAGGCUUUCAGAUCAGGUAGAUUUAAUGAGGACAGACUUAGACUGGGUUGGGGGGGGGGCGAGGGUUAGG